ACUCAUAUCAACUCUGACCAAACACCUCGUAAUAGUGUUUUCCCCCACCCCAAUUCAGUAGGUCACGAAACAGAAACGCUCACGCCGCAGCCCCGCCAUUGCCGCUUCGUCAGUCUUCACCUUCACGCCGCAUGCCCGCUGCAAGACCACGCCAUAGCGGCCUCAUCAAUCGUCUAUCGCCCGCCUCCAUCGCUGUUCCGUCCCGAUAUCUCGCCCUCUCCGUCUCUGGCCAGCUUCCGUCGCCGGCCUGCCCGUCCCGAUCUCUCGCCCUCCUCCGUCGCCGGGCCGCGUCCAUCGCAACUUUCAAAGCUAGCAUUAGACAACAAAUGGAAGUAGAGAGCAAAAGCAAUCACAAAAGUGAACAUACUAAGACCGGCUGCAAUAUGAAGCGUAACAACGAAGAGAAGAAAACGGAGCUUGCUGGGCAGUCUGCCACUUGUAGCGGCCAACAACACUCGAAGAAAAGGAACCGGAAAGAAGUUGCCAUAUUUGGGAAUUACAGAAAUUAUUACGGUUACAGGGUUGGGCAUGACCUGGAUGAAGAUCCUAGAUUGAAGAUGAUGAAAAGAGAAUGGUUUGAGGGAAAGGACUGCCUUGAUAUUGGCUGCAAUAGUGGUUUAAUCACUAUAGCAGUUGCAAAAAAGUUUGGUUGCCGGAGCAUUCUUGGUGUUGACAUUGAUGGAGCCCGAGUUGAGGAUGCAAACUGGACACUAAGGAAAGUGGUUAGGGCAAGUACACAUAAGGGUAAUUCCAAGUCUGAGAGAUCAGCAGAUGCAGAGUUGGCCAGCAGCUUGGGAAACAACACAACUGAAUCACUGACAGAUGAAAAACGAGAUGACUCGUUGAAAACUGAUCUGCUUAAAAUAGUCUCUUUUCAGAAAGGCAAUUUCGUUCAGAGUUGGCGACCCCCAGAAAACAAAUGUUUUCAUGCAACCUUUUGCUUAAGUGUAGCGAAAUGGAUACAUUUGAACUGGGGUGAUGAGGGACUGAUCACAUUAUUUUGGAGAGUGUGGAAACUCCUCCUUCCGGGUGGCAUUUUCAUUUUGGAACCCCAACCCUGGAGCUCGUACUAUAACAACCGUCUUGUGUCCGAGACUGCUGCCACUAAUUACAAGAACAUUCAGUUUUCUCCCGAAGAUUUUCAGGACAUACUUCUAGAUAAGAUUGGAUUCCGGAGGGUUGAAAACAUAACACCUCGCGAAUUUGGCAACAAACAGGGGUUCGACAGGCCUAUUUUGGCUUUCUGGAAAUGAUGUGGAUGUGGUUCAUCUAAACAUAUGGAGGAAUUUACAAUUGCUGUUGCAUGGAGGUUUUGUGUUUUUCGGUGCAAGUGUAGGCGAAGUAUGGUGUGAUUCUCUGUUAUGUCCUUUUUGUAUAAGGAAUCUUGCAGAGCAGUUUUGAGGGAUUAUUAUUAAUUAUAGUUGCCAUAUAUAGGAAAAAAAAUUGACUUUCCUCUUACAGAGCAAAUGAAAGCGAAUGAUAUUGGAUUUUCUCCAAACAAUAUAAAGAGUAAAUUCGAGAUCUCCACCAUUUUUUAUGUUAUAAAAUUCAA